AUGCCCGGGAUGCCGGACCUCAGCCACCUCACCGAGGAGGAGAGGAAGAUAAUUCUGGCCGUAAUGGACAGACAGCGCCAGGAGGAAGAGAAGGAACAGUCAAUGCUCAGGGUCAAAGAAGAACAAAAACCUCAACAGCCACAGUGGUUUCCCUUUAGUGGGAUCACUGAACUGGUAAAUAACGUUCUUCAGCCACAGCAAAAACAACAAAAUGAGAAGGAACCCCAGGCGAAAUUGCACCAGCAGUUUGAGAUGUACAAGGAUCAGGUAAAGAAGAUGGGCGAUGAAGCACAGCAACAACAGGAACAGAAGACGAGUGAUGCACCCACCUGUGGAAUCUGUCACAAGACCAAGUUUGCCGAUGGCUGUGGCCACAUCUGUUCAUAUUGCCAAACAAAGUUCUGUGCUCGGUGUGGAGGACGGGUGUCACUGCGAUCGAAUAAGGAAGACAAAGUGGUGAUGUGGGUGUGUAACUUGUGCCGAAAACAACAGGAAAUCCUCACAAAGUCAGGGGCCUGGUUCUACAGCAGUGGACCAAACACACCGCAGGAGUCCAGCCUGACAGAGUCCACGAUGGGACUGGCCCACACGAAUGAAGAAGCGCCACAGGAAAAGAAAGCAAAACUACAGGAGCAUUCUCAAUUCCAAGGUCCUUUACCCUCAGGGGACAUUUCUACACCAGCGUCAGACAAAAACAGACCUCAAGGGCUCACGCGACAAGAUACAAUCAAAAAUGGUUCAGGGGUGAAGCACAGUGGUGAAGGGGCAGAUCUAACCUGGAAAAGGAGCCCAUCAACAUCCAGGGAACACAAUCGGAAAUACCACCAAAAGGACGACAGAGCAGAUCCAUCGCAGUAUGCUCUUUUGGAAAGUGCAAUGCAGAGAUCGCCGACAGAAUAUGCAGACCGUGACAAGCGAUCGUUGCGGGGCUCGUGGGCUUACGAUGACUCUGAACACAUUGAGUACAGAGAAAGCAGGGACUCCACACGCAGAAGUCUAAGGCGGUCUCAAGAGUUGCGAGAUUUAGUAGAUGAGGAUAUUGAUACACAAAGUAGAGAUGAAUAUGAGCGACAGAGACGAGAGGAAGAGUAUCAAACUCGUUAUCGUAGUGAUCCAAAUUUGGCACGUUAUCCCGUCAAACCACAACCGUACGAGGAGCAAAUGCGAAUGCAUGCCGAGAUGUCUCGUAUACGUCAUGAACGAAGACACAGUGAUGUUUCUUUGGCAUACACAGAGAUGGAUGAUGUACAAAUUUCAAAGCAUAGAAUGGAAAGGCAGUCACGACAACGUUCUGCAUGUGAUCGCAGGGUCCCUGUGCAAAGUCAGCGUUCUUACUCAAUGGAGAGAACUCAAGACCUUCAAGGGCCUAGUUCUAGCUGGCAAAGGACCCCAAAUCACAGUCCACCGACACCCAGGCGAAGCCCCAUUCCAUUUGAUAGGAGUGACGGUCGUCAUUCUGAUUCAAUGCGGAAACAGCAGCACUUGGAUCCAAGUUCUGCGGUUAAGAAAACAAAACGGGAAAAGAUGGAAACCAUGCUGCGAAAUGACUCACUCAGCUCAGAUCAGUCGGAAUCAGUGAGGCCACCACCACCAAAGCCACAUAAAACAAAGAAAGGAGGUAAAAUGCGACAGGUCUCGUUGAGCAGCUCGGAGGAAGAGCUUGCAUCUACUCCAGAAUAUACCAGCUGUGAUGAUGUAGAAAUUGAGAGUGAAAGUGUCAGUGAGAAAGGGAGCAGUCAAAGGGGAAAAAGAAAAACUAGUGAGCAGGCAGUAUUGUCGGACUCUAACGCCUUGUCUGAGAGGCAAAAGAAAAUGGUGCGAUUUGGCGGCCACUCAUUGGAAGAGGACUUGGAAUGGGCCGAGCCUCAGAUUAAAGACUCUGGGGUAGAUACAUGCAGUAGCACAACACUAAAUGAAGAACAUAGCCAUAGCGAGAAGCAUCCAGUGACAUGGCAACCGUCCAAAGAUGGAGAGCGCCUAAUUGGUCGGAUAUUGUUAAACAAACGAUUAAAAGAUGGCACUGUGCCUAGAGAUUCUGGAGCACUCCUGGGUCUGAAAGUUGUAGGUGGAAAGAUGACUGAAUCUGGCAGAUUAUGUGCAUUCAUUACCAAGGUGAAGAAGGGGAGUUUAGCAGACACUGUGGGGCAUCUUAGAGCAGGUGAUGAAGUGCUUGAAUGGAAUGGAAGAUCAUUACAAGGAGCUACCUUUGAAGAGGUGUAUAACAUCAUUUUCGAAUCUAAACCUGAGCCACAAGUAGAACUGCUGGUUUCCAGGCCUAUUGGGGAUAUUCCCCGGAUACCAGACAGUACCCACGGACAGCUUGAAUCAAGUUCUAGCUCCUUUGAAUCCCAGAAGAUGGAGCGCCCUUCUAUCUCUGUCACCUCUCCCAUGAGCCCAAGCAUGUUGCGAGAUGCUCCACAAUUCUUGCCUGGACAGCUUUCAAGCCAAAGCCUUAGUAGAAGAACAGCACCUUUUGUUCCUAGGGUUCAGAUUAAACUCUGGUAUGACAAAGUUGGCCACCAACUUAUUGUUACAGUACUUGGAGCAAAAGAUCUUCCUUUUAGGGAAGAAGGGAGGCCAAGGAAUCCCUAUGUCAAAAUUUACUUUCUUCCUGACAGAAGUGACAAAAGCAAGCGAAGAACAAAAACAGUAAAGAAAACACUUGAACCCAAGUGGAACCAGACAUUCAUUUAUUCUCCAGUUCAUCGGAGGGAAUUUCGGGAACGGAUGCUGGAAAUCACCCUGUGGGACCAAGCUCGAGUUCGAGAAGAAGAGAGUGAAUUUUUAGGAGAGAUUCUCAUAGAAUUGGAAACGGCUUUGCUGGAUGACGAAGCGCACUGGUACAAACUCCAGACCCAUGAUGUUUCAUCCAUGCCCCUUCCACAGCCUUCACCCUACACGCCACGCAGACACCCGCAUGGUGAAAGCCCCACGAGGAGAUUACAAAAUACAGGGCCACAUUCAUUAAAUUCAGGAUCACAACGCAUCAGUGACAGCGAAGUUUCUGACUAUGAUUGCGAUGAUGGAAUUGGGGUUGUUUCUUUAGAUUAUCGACACAAUGGGAAAGAAAUUCAGAGUUCAACAUUAUCAGUUCCAGAGCAAGUAAUGUCAUCAAACCAUUGUUCACCAUCAGGCUCACCACAUCGAGGGGACAAUAUGGGCAGGACCCGUUCUCGGUCCCCCAGUGUUCCACCCUCUCAAAGAAGCUCAGAAUUGGGUCCUCGAAGCAGCCGCUCUUCUCAACAGUACAAUACCAUCAGCAGAAUGGACAGACACAGGAUAAUGGAUGACCACUUUUCUCCAGAGAGGUCACAUCCCUGUAGCGGAUCAGUGCAAACCAGUCCAACCAGUACGCCAAUGAUAGGACGGAGGGGUCGACAGUUGCCACAACUUCCAUCUAAAGGAACUCUGGAGAGAAGUUCAAUGGACAUGGAAGAAAGAACUCGCCAAAUGAAAAUGAAAAUGAACAAGUACAAGCAGGUGGCAGCAUCAGAUUCCAGGCUGGAACAGGAAUAUCAUUCUAAGCAUCGGUUGGGACGGGACACACACCGAGGGUCAGAUAAUAUCUCUAACAAGUCAUCAGACAGUGAUGUAAGUGACGUGUCUGCCGUAUCAAGGACAAGUAGCGCUUCACGAAUGAGCAGCACAAGUUACAUGUCUGUGCAGUCUGAACAUCCUCGAACAACCAGGAAGAUCAGGCGGUCAAAAGCAUUAGAAGAAAAGAAAGAGGGAGGGGAAGAAGGGAACAAGGAAGAGGCAGAGCUGGAGGCUGAAGUAGAGGAGGAAGAGGCAAUAAAGAAAGACGGGGAGGAGGAGAAAGCAAACCCCGAUGAGAAUAAAGAGGAUAAUGAGGAUAUGGGGCAAGAAAGCAAACCGAAGGAAGAACAAGAGGAAUGUGAGCAAGAGGAAUGUGCGGAGGUGGAAGAGAGGGAAGAGGUGAAAGAGAAAGAUGAGGAGGAGGAGGAGGAGGAGGCAAAGGACGAGGAGAAGGAGCAGGAAGAGAAAGUGGAGGAGGAGGGAGAGAAAGAGGUGAAGAAAGAGGAUGAGGAGGGGGUAGAGGAGGAGGGGAAGGAGGAAGAAGAGGAAGAGGACGAGACAGGGAAGAGACAAAGGAAUAAAGAGGAUAUGCAAAGGCGAUACUCUGAAAAUGAUGUCAGCAAACAGAUGCCGACCUCAGGAAAGAAUAUGAUGAAAAGCACCAGUGUGAUCGGAGAUAUGUACAGCAUAGAGAAGAACGAUGGCAGCCAAUCUGACACAGCUGUGGGCACUGUUGCCGCCGGUGGCAAAAAACGAAGAUCCAGCAUCGGCGCCAAAAUGGUAGCUAUCGUCGGUCUCUCGAGGCGUAGCCGCAGCACUUCACAGCUAAGUCAAACAGAGGUUGGAGGGAAAAAACUCCGAAGUACAAUCCAAAGGAGCACUGAAACCGGUUUAGCAGUUGAAAUGAGAAAUAGGAUGACACGGCAACCAAGUCGUGAAUCUACCGACGGAAGCAUGAACAGUUACAGUUCGGAAGGAAACCUUAUCUUUCCUGGUGUUCGAUUGGCAUCGGACAGUCAGUUCAGUGAUUUUCUGGAUGGCCUUGGUCCAGCGCAGAUGGUUGGACGUCAAACCCUUGCAACACCAUCCAUGGGUGACAUCCAGAUCGGUAUGAUGGAUAAGAAAGGGCAAUUAGAAGUAGAGGUUAUCCGAGCCCGUGGCUUGAUGGGGAAACCUGGCUCCAAAGCUUUACCUGCACCGUAUGUUAAAGUUUAUCUAUUGGAAAAUGGUGUCUGCAUAGCCAAAAAGAAAACAAAAGUGGCACGAAAAACACUAGACCCUCUGUACCAGCAACAGCUGCAGUUUGAAGAUAGCCCCCAAGGAAAAGUUCUUCAGAUAAUUGUGUGGGGUGAUUAUGGGCGAAUGGACCACAAAUCUUUCAUGGGUGUUGCACAGAUCCUACUGGAGGAGCUUGACCUGUCCAACAUGGUGAUCGGCUGGUACAAACUCUUUCCCACCUCCUCACUAGUUGAUCCAACUUUGGCCCCACUGACAAGAAGAGCUUCCCAAUCAUCACUUGAGAGUUCAUCUGGACCUUCUUAUGCUCGUUCAUAGCAGUUGUGAAAGUGUUGCGAUAGCAACUAGCGUUCAGCUCGCAGGUCGCAAGCCCUGGUUACACUGCAUGCUUGAUGUUGUGUCUUCUGAGCCUGUUCCUAGGGAUUAAAAGCGUUCCUGUGUUCUCAGAGGAGACUGCACACAUUGUGCCCUGAGAAGGUCCUUAGGGAAGGAGUGGAGUUUUGCAGAAAUUAUAUGGUUGUUGGAAUUAAAUGACAAUUUUUUUUGUCCAAUCAGAAGCCAUGGAUUAAAAUCAAAUCAGUAAGAAACUAUUAAUUCACACAGCAAACACCCUAAUUUUUAAAUGAACCAUUCUCUUUAUGUUCUCGAUCCUUCUUGAAUCGCCUGGUUCUCCUACCCCACCUGAUUGGUUCCUAUAAGCAACGACCACUGAUGUUAUGAAGGCCAGCUGGUUGUUAGCUCUGUGAGCCAACAUGGAAGCCUCAUUGUGAGGAAGGUUGGAAAUAGUGUCCAGUAAUGACUACACACAUCAUCAGAUGGGGCAAAGCAGAAAGGAGUCAGCUGAGCAAAACUGUACAGAACAAGAGAUUUACAUUUUUUUUAAAUGCAAAACAUAAAGAUGUGGUACUGUCAUUCAAAACCAACUUGGAAGCUUCAGAAAGAUUCCACAGUGAUUCCCAAAGGGAGAGGGCUAUGUGCUCUAAUGUCAUUGUUUCUCUGCUGAUAUACUGUAUGAAAUUGAAAAAAAAAUGCAUGG